GAGUAAUUUGACUGGGCUUUCCCAUCAUCUGGGAGCAACGUGUUCGCCUGUUCUACUCUGCUAGUGUAGCGAUUUUGACAGCUGUGGGCUUUUGUCUCUGAUCGCAGCAGCUGGUUUGCUUGGAAGCAUUUCCUGCCGUCCUGCCAUCCAUCCUCCCCCUCAACUGGUGCUGUACACCUGACAAAUCGAACUUUUUCUGCGGCGGACUCUGCCCAGGCAAGCGCGUACCAGUUAUCGCUCGCUCUAUGAUGAAAAUGAUGAUGAAAGCGGGUGCCUGAGAGAAGAAAGACAUUAAGAAAGAGACGGCCCCCAUCGAUUGGUCGACCUCCGCCCCGGUUACAUCCCUCAGAAGCCGCAGCCCAUCCAUUUCUUGGUUCAGUCUCCGUUGCAGCCACAGUGACCUCAGACCCUCCCACUCCCCCCUCCUACCGAUUGCAUAUCUCCUCGACGAUCCCGCUGUCUUGUUCCAGACAAACGUCGUCUGGUCUUCAUCGUCAUUUUUUUGAGGGAAACAUAUCCCCUACCGCACCGCGAGGUCCACUACCCCAAACCUUCCCGUCCUCAACCUUCAAUCUUCCCAUCAUCACCGCUGCUGCUUCUACACUACAUCCCAUCGAGAGGAAGAUAGAUAUCAACGAGAAACCGAGAAAACUGCAAGAGUCGACAUUUGGCUGUGGAUACCGCCAACUUUCUACCUUAGCGCCUUGAAAGAAUAACCUUUUGAGUUUUUCGGCAGGAAAGCCAAGACAGGGUGCUAUUGCUGCCCCUCACUGACCGCCAAAAGCACAUCUCCACCCGAGAUCGAGUCGAGGACGAUCACCACCAGAACAAAGUAAACAGAGGGAGAACAGCGAACACUCGCGAUCAUGUCGACAAUACAGCAACUCAAAAACUUCAUCCGUCAUGGCAAACAAGCUCGAGCCGCCAAUGCUGACGACUCUGCACGCACAAAACAUGAGCACUCUCCUCCCCAUUCGCAAGCCCAUGCGAAGCAGCACAAUAUGGCGCCAGCAGUUUCGGAGCCUGUGUACGGAGCGGGUGCCCCACGACAAAACCACGUCGAUGCCUAUUCGACUGCCGGAGAUGCCCAAAACAGAGUGGCCCAGGCCGGCCAUGUAGCCGCGCACCAUGUCGAACCAGCCCAGGGUGUCAGCAGCAAGACAAAGAAGAGGGUACCUGACGAAAACAUCGCCAAGUUGGUCGCCGAAGAGAAUGCCGACAAGAAUAAGCUUCCGAGGUAUCAAGGUCUCGAGCGCUGGCAACUUGUUGAAAAGAUGGGAGACGGCGCCUUCAGCAACGUAUACCGCGCCCGCGACCUGCAAGGCCAACACGGAGAGGUGGCCAUCAAGGUCGUUCGCAAGUUCGAGAUGAACAACAUGCAGAGCAACAAGCAUCUCCAUCCGGAUUUCAAGCCAAAGGCUCCCAAAGCAGCAGAGCGGGCAAACAUUCUCAAAGAAGUUCAGAUUAUGAAGCAACUCGACCACCCCAAUAUUGUCAAGUUGAUCGACUUUUCCGAGUCCCAGCACUAUUACUUUAUUAUUCUGGAGCUGGCUCCAGGUGGCGAGCUGUUCCAUCAGAUCGUUCGCCUGACCUACUUCAGCGAGGAGCUCUCCCGUCAUGUCAUCGUCCAAGUGGCCAAGGCGCUUGAGCACCUCCACGAAGAAAAGGGAAUCGUUCAUCGUGAUAUCAAGCCUGAAAAUAUUCUUUUCAGCCCAAUCCCGAUGGUGCCCUCGAAGCACCCGAAGCCCAAGCAACCGGGCGACGAGGACAAGGUAGACGAAGGAGAGUUCAUCAAAGGGGUGGGUGCUGGAGGUAUUGGCCAGAUCAAAAUCGCAGACUUUGGCCUCUCCAAGAUUGUUUGGGAUAACCAGACCAUGACGCCAUGCGGUACUGUUGGUUAUACCGCUCCCGAAAUCGUCAAGGAUGAGCGGUACUCAAAGUCAGUUGAUAUGUGGGCGCUUGGCUGUGUGCUUUACACCAUGUUGUGCGGUUUCCCGCCAUUCUACGACGAGAGUAUCGAGGUGCUCACCGAGAAGGUUGCCAAGGGGCAGUACACCUUCCUCUCCCCUUGGUGGGAUGACAUCAGCAAGUCGGCCCAGGAUUUGAUCUCACAUCUUCUCUGCGUCGAUCCCGAGCAGCGAUACACCAUCAAGGAGUUCUUGGCUCAUCCCUGGAUUCGCGAGUCUGGUCCUACACCACGUGACGAGAAGAAGUCGGCCAUGUCGUCAGACGGUGUUUUGAGGGCGUUCGAUGCCACCAAGCUUGUGGACGGCGACAAGCGCUACGAUUUCCGCUCGCCUGCUGCGGUCAAUCUGCGUGAGGUGUUUGACGUUGGAUACGCAGUCCACAGACAGGAAGAAGAGGGCAAAAGAAGGAAGCAAAUUGGUGGAAAGGCUGGCGUUGAUCGCCUUGCCGAGCUGGAUGAAGAUGCUGAGAUGGAGGAGGCACCUGCAGGCUCGACUCAGCAAAUUGAGCAAAGCAUGCGCAACACUCAGAUUAAGGAUCACGAGCAGCGCGGGCGCGAUCGAUCUCGGAAACCCCAUCCUCCGCCUGCCGCGGCUGAGCAAAAGGGUUAUGGUCAGCAUUCGGCUACUGUCGCCGCCGCCGCAAGACAGCAAGUUCGCGAACGUCAACGACAGAAGGGUGUUUUCGAGUUGAACCUUGAUGGAGCUACAUUAUUGGGACGUCGCGGUGCAAAGCCUGCGACUCGGGUGGCGUAG